UGUAAGCGGCUCGUGAUGUGUUUGCAAGGACAGUAUGGAACCGAGGCUGAAAAGAGACACAAGAAGCUUCCCCUCACGGCUUUUGCUCAGAACAUGCAGGAAGGUUCCCAGCAGCUCAGCGAGGAAACACUACUGGGGAAAAUGCUGGAGACUUGUGGAGAAGCAGAGAAUAAACUUGCAAUGGAACUCUCUCACCAUGAGAUGCAGGUGGAAAAGGAUGUUUUGGACCCACUGAAUCAACUCACCGAGAUGGAAAUCCCCAAUAUUCAGAAACAGAGGAAGCAGCUUGCUAAGCUGGUCCUAGACUGGGAUUCUGCAAGAGCUCGGUGGAACCAAGCCCACAAAACCUCAGCUACUAACUUCCAAGGGCUCCCAUCUAAGAUAGAUUCCCUUAAGGAGGAGAUGGAUGAAGCUGGAAAUAAAGUAGAGCAAUGCAAGGACCAACUUGCCGCUGAUAUGUAUAACUUCAUUUCCAAAGAAGGGGACUAUGCGAGACACUUUAUCUCGUUAUUAGAAGCCCAAGCAGAUUACCAUAGAAAAGCAUUAGCAGUCUUAGAAAAGGUGCUCCCCGAAAUCCAGGCCCAUCAAGACAAGUGGACUGAAAAACCAGCUUUCGGGACUCCCCUGGAGGAGCAUCUCAAGCGUAGCAGCCGAGAAAUCGCCGUCCCCAUUGAGGCCUGUGUGAUGAUGCUUUUGGAAACAGGCAUGAAGGAGGAGGGCUUAUUCCGCAUUGCUGCUGGAGCCUCCAAGCUAAAGAAGCUGAAAGCAGCGCUGGAUUGCUCCUCCUCGCACCUGGAUGAGUUUUACUCAGAUCCUCAUGCCGUGGCUGGGGCCCUGAAGUCCUACCUGAGGGAGCUGCCAGAACCACUGAUGACCUAUGCCCUGUAUGAAGAGUGGACCCAGGUUGCAAACAUCCAGGACCAGGAUAAGAAACUGCAAGACCUGUGGAGAAUUUGCCAAAAAUUGCCAAAGCCUAACCUGGCCAACUUCAGGUAUUUAAUCAAAUUCCUUGCAAAACUCGCACAGUAUAGUGAUGUUAACAAGAUGACUCCUAGCAACAUUGCCAUUGUGCUGGGCCCAAAUUUGUUGUGGGCCAAGAAUGAAGGCUCUCUUGCAGAAAUGGCAGCAGCAACCUCAGUGCACGUGGUUGCCGUUGUUGAGCCCAUCAUCCAGCACGCUGCCUGGUUCUUUCCUGAAGAGCUGGAUUUCAAUGUGUCUGGAGCGUUUGUGGGGCAGCCGGCUGUGUACUCCAACCACCUUCCUGCAGGGGGUGACUAUGAUUCCGGGACCCUGGAGCGGAAGAGGCCGGUCAGCAUGGCUGUGAUGGAAGGGGAGCUCCUAAGAAAGGAGAGCUUUGGUGUGAAGGUUAUGGACUUCCAGGCAAAUCCCCGGAGAGUUGGCACUGUGAAUAGAAAGCACACAGCCCCAGCUUUCCAGCCACCGCUUCCGCCCACGGAGGCUGGCCCGCUGGCCCUGGCCACGGCGGAGCAGCACCCACAGGCCCCUGGGGCUGAGCCCGGCCUCGCGGGUGUUUCCUCUGCCUGCCUGCCUGGCUCAGCAGAGCAUUCUCACAGCCAAGGCACGGAGGACAGCAGCUCUUCCAAGCCAAAGGACUCGGUGCCCUCAACCACACCGCCACCCCCCAGAAAUGGUGGACCCACUCAGCCUCUCAGCAGCACCAGCCAGCACUUGGUUGGGCAGCCCCAGAGCACCGCCGGGCCCAGCCCACACGCCCUCAGGCGAGCCAUCAAGAAACCUGCACCGGCCCCUCCAAAGCCAGCAAACCCACCACCGGGGCAGCCAGGGAUCCCGAGUGCCACUCCAGCCCCCAAGCCCCCCACUAGGAGCCCUUCUCCUCCCAGCCAGCAGUCAAACCAAGGAGGUGCUCAGCCUUCUGCUGCCCCGCCCCAUAUUUCCGCCCCCCGGCGAUACUCGAGCAGCCUCUCCCCGAUACAGGCUCCCAGCCACCCACCCCCUCAGCCCCCCACGCAGUCCAUAACACCACCUCCGCAGAGCAAGACUGGUAGUUUUGGACCCUCCCCGCCUGGCCCAGAGGGAGGGUCAGAGCAGCCGUCACCCACUCCUCCGCAAACCCCCACACCGCCUGACACGCCCCCCCUGGAGAAGCACAGCGCCGCCUGCUCAGCCGCCCAGCCUUCGACCCAGGACAUUCCACCGGCCCAGUCGCCUCCUCCAUCUGGCACGCUGCCGAGGCCCCGGCCAGUGCCCAGACCUCGCAACCGUCCCACGGUGCCCCCUCCGCCUCACCCGCCUGCUCCUCACCUGUCUGCAAACGGCUCUCUGCUGGGUCCUCCGGCAACAGCGUCGCACAUCGUGACCGAUACCAGUUCUGAGGUUCAAGAGCAAUCACGGGGCCUCCCUGGCGUGGAACUUCCUGCCACAGAAUUGGUGACUUCACCGAAUCAGAAUUCACACAACCACCUUGUGCUUGAUCUCGAUCAUGAUACUGAAAGCACUGCUUUGUAAAAAGAAUAAAAUCACUCCAAAGCAGCCUUUUCUAUCCCAAUGAAAACCUAACCAGUCCAGGAUUCACAGUGAGGAGCUUUAAAACAAAGAAGAAGACAAAGAAGGAAUGGUACCACUACCUGCCUUGUGUCUUCUGAGAAGACACGUGAUCUUUAAAAGAGUUUAAUGAUCUGUAUCCUGACAAAGCUGCCUAAGCUAACAUUGGAUGUUCUGGCUGUUGCUAAACCUUGUAUGAGAAGCUUGAUUGCUGCUGUUAAUCGAGACGGCUCUUGCCAGAAAGUUCCAAGAAGAAUCCAAAGCAAUGCAUGUGUAAUGGAAAUCAUAACCCUUUCAAGACCUCUGUUGAGCUCUUCUUCUUUGUCCGUAUCAAACAGAGGUGUGCAAGAGACAUGCUAUCUCUGAUAUGCUGCAGACUUCGUUAAAAGUAUGAACCAAAAAAUUGCUACAGGUGCAGAAGAUGACUGCUGGUUAUCGGUCACUUUUCUAAACGGUGGAUGUAUUCUUGUGCCUUGAUGGACUUGACACUGUAGAAGGAAAUGUACUGUCUCUCUAACCAUUUCAGUGCUAUUCUUUUUUAAAAUAUGAUUCUUUUCCCCUUUAUUUUUCAUAGAUAUUUGUAUUAACCCUUCUGCUCUGGUUUCUGUAACUUCCAUAGGCAGCUGCUGUCAAGCUGAACUCUGGAAAAUAUGUAUUGCUAUAAAUGAGUUGAACUUUGAAAGUUAUUUUGGAUAUCUUGUUGGGUUCAUCUGCUGAGUAAAAUUAUUCUCAUUU